UUCAAUAAAGAGGUUUGUGCAACACGUUUUGGAGAUUGCUUGCAAUCCCUACAUUGGAGUGGAUGCCGGAAUGCGCACCCUUUGCUCUGUUUGAGUCUGUACAGAUAGCAGGUAGUGCCGCCUUUUGUCGGAGUUCUUUAGUUUGUUAAGAACGAUGUAACGUCUGCAAUCGGCGUUCUUAAGGGAGGCUUCGAAAUUUAUGGGUGUGAAGUAUUUCGACUUAUUCGACGCUAGUGCCGAAGCAUGGAUAAUUUGGGGCAGACUGGAGCAGAAGAUGAAAGGGACUUCGUUCACAACAAGCUUCAAGCUCUGAGCAACACGCAUCUGAGUAGUAUGGUUGAGUUGUAUUCGACUCUUACAGCCCGAAGUAACCAGCCUAUGCCAGCGGAGCAACUUCAAAAGCUGAAGCAUUAUAAGGACGUUCUCCACAGAAUGAUCCCUUAUAUGAGAGUUCCGAAGGAGCGUAUACCAGCUGAGUUUAACAGGGAAAAAGUGAUUGCAUUCGAGAGACAGGUCACCAAUAUCAUGGAGACAUUCCAGAGGAGGCGUUGACCCUUCAAGGGAUCGAGGUGUGAAAGUGAGAUUCAGAAAGAAUUUCAUGUUUGGUACCACGCUUCGCACCCGAAUAUCUUCUGGCUUCCACGAUAUGUCGACAUGUCCCGAUAAAUAAGAGAGGUUAUUCCAGACAGAUGUGUGGGGUGGCUUCUUUUUUGGACUAAGUAGAUGUUCACAAGUAGAUUUCUCGCUGCUUGUGAAGAUUUUUAACUGGUUCUCCAAUCGGGUUGCUAUCUUCACUCAGGAGAUAUUCUAAAACAGUCGUCAACUGCAAGUCUGUGUGCGGAUAUGUCACAGUUCUCAAUUAUUUACUUUUUAAAAUUUCGUAUAACUGUUUCUGCUAAUAUAA